AUGCACCCCAAAGAGCUAUAACUUGGAAAGGAAAAAAAGAAGAAGAAGAAAUUGGAAAACCCUAAACCCUUUCUUACUCUUCUUCUGACGUACGUGCUCGGUGCUUCACUCUUUCUUCUUCUUCUCCACGGUUUCUCCUCCGUUUCAGCAUCUCAGUGACGCCGCCACUGCAGCCGUCGUCUGUAUUUAUUUUUCGCCGCAGCUUCUCUCCUAGCAGAGUGAGAAGGACAGACGGAUGAAGAAGCGCGACAAAAGGCUUCGCGAGAGUAACAUUGAGCCUGCGGUUGCAAAGGGCUUAACUGUGGUCCAUGCAGAUUCUGAUCAGUUCAAUGUGGAGGGAGAAGAUGCUGAAAAGCCCAAGAAGUCUGAUAAACUGAAGAAAGACAGGAAAAAUAAAAACAACCGACAAUCCUCUAAUGAUUGUGACAACUUGUUAGAAAAUGGAAGAGCUAUGCAGCUGGAAGCUUGUCAGCCCCUUGAGAAUGGUGCAUUCUUGAAAGGUAAGGCCAAGAAAUCUUCCAAAAAGAAAAGAAAGGACUCUAGUUCUCUAGAUGCCAAAGGGUCGACAGAAUUACAUGAAGAUAUUGAUGAAAAUGAUGUCUAUCAAAUCUCUUCUGGAGAUGAUGACUCUUCAAAGGGAAUGAAAAGAUGGAUUACAGAAUAUCACAAAAGUAGACCGGGCUUGAAUUUACUGCAACAACGAAUAGAUGAUUAUAUAACUGCACAUGAGGCACAGCUAGAACAGGAAAAGAAGGAAAGAGAAGCUCAAGCUGCUGAAGGAGGAUGGACAGUGGUUGUACAUCAGAAGGGAAGGAAGAAGACCACCGAUGCUGAAAGUGGGGUUACUGUGGGUUCAGUAGCGCAAAAUUCUUUAGGGGAUAAAAUUUCUAAAAAGAAGAAGAACGAAGUUGGGUUGGAUUUCUAUCGAUUUCAAAGAAGAGAAGCACAGAGGAAUGAGGUUAUGAUGCUGCAAAGUAAAUUUGAGCAAGACAGGAAACGGAUACAACAAUUGAGAGCUGCUAGAAAGUUUCGACCUUAUUGAAGUUUUAUGACCUACAAGGCCGUGGCGGCUGGAGUUUUGUUUUUCGUUUUUUUGUCACUUUAAUUAUGAACCAUCGCCAAUGACUUCAGAUGGCUAGGAUGUGUAGUUUGACAUGAUUGAAAUAUAAUUCUAGGCCUCUUUGUUUUACUUUGUAACAUUUUAAUAUUUAUAUUUGUAUUUGUGAUAUGUAAUUGAUUAAGGCCUUUCUGAUA